AUGAAAAUCAAGGACCCAAAAGCAUGGAGGUCUAUUUGCAACGGUCCACCUAUGAUCACUUACGUGGUCGAUGAUGCCAGAGGAACUACUGCUGUUAAACCUGAAUCAGAAUAUAGCGAGGAAGAUCAUGAAAAGGUUGAAACUGAUGGAAAUGCCUUAGCAAUGCUACACUCUGCUUUGGCGCCCGAGAUUGAUGUUGGAGUUAGGGAGGCUAAGUGUGCUCAAGAACUAUGGAAUUCUCUGUUAGCCAUGUAUGAAGGAAAUGAAGAAAUGAAGGAGAGCAAGAGGGACAUGUUGACACAAAGGUUCAAUAUGUUUAACCACUUUCCAGGAGAGACCCUUGAAAACCAAAAUCAGAGGUUCAUCUCUUUGAUCAGUGAGAUGAGAACACACGAUAUGCCACUACAAAACUCGGUAGUCAACAAAAAGCUACUGAAGCUGGGACACAAAUGUCACUCUCAUCCAAUGAACCCAGGAUCUGACUAG